GGAUUUCACCUUGUCGCUUAUUGUGAAGGUCACGCUAGCAAGUAUUUGGUUAAGUUCUCGCAGAGAGCAGAACAAUUCGCAAGUAUUUAUCAGAGAAUUGUCAGCAAGGCAGUCUGAGAAUCAUGGGUCGUAAAUUUUUCGUUGGUGGUAACUGGAAGAUGAAUGGAGUGAAAAAGGAAAUAGACGAAAUCGUCGCAUUUCUAAAGACCGGCCCCCUCGACCCGAAUGUCGAGGUCGUUGUUGGUGUACCUGCCAUUUACCUGAAUUAUGCCAAGAGUAUAUUACCUGCCAACGUACAAGUCAGUGCACAGAACAGUUACAAGGUAGCUAAAGGUGCUUUUACUGGAGAAAUUAGCCCUGCGAUGCUUGUGGACAAUGAGAUCCCUUGGGUAAUCCUAGGACACUCUGAACGUCGAAACGUGUUUGGCGAGUCAGAUGAACUCAUUUCUGAAAAGAUUGCUCAUGCCCUUGAAGCUGGUGUAAAGGUGAUUGCCUGUAUCGGAGAGAAACUGGACGAACGUGAAGCUGGAAAGACUGAAGAAGUUGUGUUCAGGCAGACUAAGGCGAUUGCGGAUAAAAUUAAAUCCUGGGACAAUGUUGUACUCGCUUACGAACCAGUAUGGGCCAUCGGUACAGGAAAAACAGCAACGCCUCAACAAGCUCAGGAGGUGCAUGACAAACUUAGGCAAUGGUUAUCAACGACUGUUAAUCCUGCUGUCUCUGAAUCUCUGAGGAUUAUUUACGGUGGUUCUGUGACAGCAGGAAACGCCAAAGAGCUAGCUAAGGAAAAAGAUAUCGAUGGCUUUUUGGUCGGCGGUGCUUCUCUGAAGCCAGAUUUCGUACAAAUAGUUAACGCUAAGCAAUAGACCUAAGUUGAUAAGUUUAUUGUGUUGGUUGUUACUACUAUUAAUAAAUGUGAUUAUUGUUACUCUAUGAACGAAUGUGUAAUACAUAUAUAGAAAUUUACUCAGCGUUGGAGUAAAUGGGUACAACAACAAUAAUAAUAAUUCAGUCAUAAACAUCUGGUUCAAUUACUAAAUAUAUUUAUCAUUUUGUUUAUUGUAUUAGUGAAUAUUAUAAAUUACAUUACAUCAG